AAAGCCAACCCUACCUGCGUCGCUUCCUCUCCCCCGUUCCCGUUCCCGUUCCCCGUUCCCAUUCCCAUUCCCCAUGGCCCCCAUCCUCCGCCGCUCCUCGCGGCGUCUUGCCGCCGAAGACGACGACGGCGGCGGCGAUGAGGUGGAGCAGCAACCCACCAUGAAGCAUCUUCCACUCGCGCGUCAAGGAGAACAGAGCUCCGACGACAUCGAGUCCUCCCCGGAUCUUGUGGGAAGGCCCGCCAAGACACCACCGCCUCGGCAGGAUCAGGAUGGGAGGGAGGUCUCCGGUUCCGGUGGCGCCGACAAGCCGCCGGAGCCAGCUCUGCAGGCCAAGAAGCCAUCCGAUGCUGCCCAGCGUAAGGACGAAGAGUCUGAUGCCGACGAAGAGUCUGAUUCCGAUGAUGCCGACGAAGAGUCUGAUUCCGAUGAUGAUUCCGAUGAAGACGAAGUGCCAGUGGAGCCAGUGCCGCAGACCAGGAACAUACCGCCAUCCGAUGGUGCCGAGCAUAAGGAUGAGGAGGCUGAUUCCGGUGAAAACGGGGAACCUCCUCUGGCCGGCGACCCUAAUGGUAAGAGGAAGGCGCCGCCACCUCAAGUCAGUGAAUCUCCUCCGCAGAAGAGGAUGGUGCUGCAGGCCAGCCAUGAGCAUAACAGUGUAACCACAGACACAGAGAAGCAAUUCAUGGACAAGUGUGCAUCCUACUUUUACCUUGGGAAGGAGGUUUCGGAUCUCAAUGAAGAGUACCCCGGCUUAUUUAAGCAGCCUUUCUUGGAGCUCGGAGAUGAUCAGGCCAGUGCAUUGGACGUUCGCGUCAAGAAAGUUAGUUUGGCUGAACUCCGAUUGUCUUUGCAGAGGCGGAACCUGGAGCAGAAGGUGAUAAAGUCAGUGUUAAAGUUGCUCAAGUGGUCACAGGGUAAAACUCAGGGCGUGACACCAUGUCCAUUUGUUGCAAAGGAGAUACAGAAUACACUUGAAAAGCCAAGUUUAUACUUUAGUGUUUCAAGAUGGCACCGAGCAGAGGGAAACAAGUCUAAUGGCCUAUGAAAUGUGGCAUAUAGGUCACUAUGUUUCCUGGAGAUUGUUGUUUUUGAUGGAUCAUACGGUAGAAUUUAAUGAAAGAUAUUGCACAUGUAUACAGGCUAUGAUCAUACUCCUUUCAUUUCAGUUGUCAUUUUUUUCUAACCAAAAUACUUGUCAUUCUCACAUUCCAAACCAUUUCUAGAGGUGAUCUUCCCUUCGUGCCAUUCAAAUGCACCCACAUUAUUACUACUUGACAGAUUACUAACUGAUUGUAAUGUAAUUAAUGAGGCAAACAAUUUUCCACACCUUCUUGGUUUGUGUGAGAUUUGCUAGGAUGACAAGUACAUUGAAACAAAGGGACUAAUUAGUUUGUUCUUGUUUUGUUGUAUUACCAUGAUGAUUGUUUCUGUCACAGUCAAUACCUGAAGUAUCAGUUUAGGGGGAAAAGAUAUGCUUCUAGGAGGGUAUAGGUUUAUGAUUGAAUUAAUGAACUUUAGGUUUGUGGCAUAGGUAAACUGUCAACAUGUUGUGUCAACUCAUUUAAAGUACAAUACUUUUUUGUGGAAAUGCUAACAUACCAUGCCUAUUAUAUUAACAUUUUCUAAAGUGAAUUGCCUAACCUCAGUCUACCUAGUGAUAGCUAGUAUUUGUUUGAGUUCUUGUAAGCCUGUUCAUUUCAUUAUCCUUAUUUGUUCUCUAUCUGUGAGGCAAGAUAGUUUUUAAUUUUGAAUUUUGAGCUUUACUGUUGGUUUUAGCUGCUUAACAUUUGGUGGUUGAAAGCAUUCUAUUGCUUUCUAUGCAUCACCAUGAUAUCAAUUGUCUGCCUGUUCAUGUAAUUUUAUACUCUUCUCUUUACAUAUGACACUCUCUUUCUGAUCCUUGUUAAUUUUAUGCGUGCAAACCUGAACUGAUGAAGAUGCAAGAUCCCUUUGGAAAUGUAGUUGUGGGUAGUUACUGAUUGGUACAUAAGAAGGCCUUGAGGAACUUCAUUGUGUAGUAUAAUGGAUUUAAUAAUUGCAAACUUUCUGGACAACUUGAACCUACUGGUUAUUAAAAGAUAUUGAAUGUUUUGAUCCCAUUUCCCAUAGUUCCCGUGUGUAAGUAAAGGAAUUAUGUUAUUUCAACAUAUGGGUGCUUAUUUGUUUGGAAGGUUUUUCUGUCCAAACAGUGUAAACCGAGUCUAUUGCUGCCAACACUUAGGUUGGGGAGCAUGUGGGCUGGCUUGUGGUGGACCUGUCCUGCGGUCCUGCCAUAAUUCUCCCUGUCUUUGUGUCUGGGAGAUCAACCAACAUCAAGCAUGUUGUUUUUAUAGAACAAAAAUAACAGAUAUUGCUCAUGUAUACUGGAUAUGCUUAUAACUGAUCUAUUCUUGUUUAGUUAUAGGAGAGCAUUAAAUUUUGGGGGGGAAAUAGAUCCUUCUAUGAGAGCAUACAUUUAUGUUUUGAGUUUGUUGCAUAGGUGAGCAGACCUCAUGAUGUAUCAAUUGAAUUUAAAAUGAAUUAAUUUUUUUUGGAAGUGCCAAGGCUCAUGAUAUUAGAUUUAGCGCCGUGAUUGCAUAAUUCUGUUUAUCUGGUGCUGGCUAGUAUUUGUUUGGAUUUUAUUUUUUGUCUAUUAAUUCUGUUAUCCUUAUUUGUUCUCAGGAUGUUUGUGAUGACCUGUUUUCUCUCACAGCACAGGUUUAUUUUGGAAUUUUUUUUAUCUUUCAUAUUAUUUUUGCCUGGUAACAUAUGGUAGUUAAAAGCAUUCCGUUGCUUUCUAUGCAAAACCAUGAUAUCAAUUGUCCGCUUAUAAUUCAUAUGGUUUUAGAUUCCUUUCUGUACACAUGAGGAUACAACAUUUACUUUUUAUCCUGGUUAAUUUUGUGUGUGCAAACUACUGAGCUGAUGGAAAUGCAAGGCUCCUUUUGAUUGGUGCAUAAGGCCCCCAGAAAGUAUGUUGUGUAGUAUAAACAAUUGCAAACUUUCUGGACAAUUUGGAACCACAGAUUCUGUUUUUAAUGCCUUGAUGCACUUAUUCCAUAUUUCCUUUCUGUUAUUUCUUUAGAAGUUUUCUCUAUUGCUGCAAACACUGAGUUGGCCUUUUUUGGUUUUGCAGUUGCCAACUCUAUUUCGGCUGUGUGCACUGGUGUUUCUUAGGGCAAUAUAGCCAAGCAAUUAUCUGACUUUAUUUGUGUUUUUU